UCAGCCUCCGCGGCCGGAAGGUGAGGCCCGAGGCGGCUUGGAGCUGGGUAAGCGUUUUCCUUCGCGGUGGUGUGGGACUGAGGGCCGCCUUCAGAUACGCCCUCUUAGCGCGACCGCGAGGAGCAGCUCCUAGGCAAGGUUCACAGGGGAUGCCUGCGGACCAGACAGUGCGGUUUCACAUGGACGGAACCUGGGAGGCUGACCUCUGGCGCUCCUCUCGCCGGAGGGGCCGAGGCCACCCGCCUCGCGUAGCCCGCAGCUUCCCGGGGCGCGGCCCGAUGCCGUGACGUCACGUGGGGUGACCCCGCGUCUGGUGACAACCCUGGGGGUCACGUGAGGUGAGCUCCGCAGCAGCGGGGCGUUGCGCUCCCAAGGGCCGUGCGAGCGAACGAAAGCUGUGAGCUCGCUCUUUCGCGGCCGGCCGGCGGCUGGGCUGAGACGCUGGCGCACCGGCGAGUCGCUGUUUUCCUGUUGGAAGGGCCUUGUGUGACCCUGCGGCAGAGCCGCACGGAACGGACCGACUCGAGGGCUUGCUUGAAAGGGUUUUGCCGGGCGCGCCGUCAGUCCCCACUCCUGGGAGGCUGAGAUUUGAGCCCGCCGGGCAGGGGUCCAGACUCUCAGCUCCAGGUAACUGGCGGAAGAGCUGGUGGGGACGGAGGCACUGCGCCAGGCGUUGUCUAAGCAGAUAACCUCCUUGAGAACCUGUGUGGACCAACAAUGCAAGUUGAGAAUGGGACUCAAAUUCAGACACAGAACUACUUGGAGAGAGCACAAAUUGCAAGCUAGAGCUGUCUUGCUGAUUAAAGAAAAUUAUUAAAAUUGGACAACAAAAUACAUGAGUAUAUUUUAACUGUACAAUGGACUCCACAGUGGCAAAUGAUAUGUUCAUAAACAAAGUAUGGGUUCAAUGUGAGAAUGACAGUUGUUUGAAAUGGAGAUUGUUGUCAAAUGAGGAUGCAAUCAAAGUUAAUCAAAAUGAACCAUGGUAUUGCUUCAUGAACAAUGAUUCAAGGUACAAUAAGUGCUCAGUUUCAGAAGAAGACUUUCCUGAAGAGUCUCAACUUCAUAAAAGUGGAUAUAAAAUUGUCUACUCACAGCUCCCUGUAGGCAGCCUGGUUUUGGUAAAAUUACAGAAGUGGCCGAGUUGGCCAGGGGUACUUUGUCCUGAUUCACUUCAAGGAAAUUAUGUCAACUAUGACUUGGAUGGAAACGUUGAACAAUAUCACAUUGAAUUCCUGGGAGAUCCCCACUCAAAAUCAUGGAUAAAUGCAAGAUUUGUUGAACAUUAUAGUAUCACAUCAAAGCCAGGAAAAUGUACAAAUAAAAAGAAGUGGCAUAAAAGUGCUCUAGAAGAAGCUUACCUACUCUAUGGAUAUUCUUAUGAGAAAAGACUGGAAACAUGCUACCUAUCAAAACAUGAUAAAGCCAAAGCAGCUACCAAAGUUGCUAUGACGGCCAAGAAAAGGAUACUUGUUUCCAAAAAUAUUACUGAAAAGAAAAAACCCAAAUUUAGAAAAAAUAAAAGGGAAGCCAUUUUAAAAUGCUCCAUUGAAAAUGUUUGCUCUGAUGAUGCCUUAUCAAAGGAAAACAUGGUUGUCGUGGAGACAGAAAUUUUACUGAAAGAGCUGGAAAAAAUGUUGCAGCAAGCACUUGAGCCCACAACAACGCCUGAUGAAUCUAGAGCAGAACGAGAAGAAAUAAAUACAGGAGGCAAGUUAUCUAAAUGCAGUCCUGAAGUUCCUGAAAGCAGUCCAUUUCAGAUCCACCAUGAAAAUGAUUUUCUUGUCAUUGAUGGAAUAAAAUUAAAAGCUGGAGAAUGUAUUGAGAAGAUAACUAACAAGUUUAAAGAAAUAGAUGCCUUAAUGUCUGAAUUUUAGAGCAUACAUAUUUUCAAAAGCUAAUAUGACAAUAGUGGAAUCUUUAUAUUUAUCAAAGUAAAAAACUUAAAAAGCUUUCAUAAUAUAGGUUUACAACAGGUUGGUAUUUGUAAUAACUUUCUACUUGCUAUUUUGAGAAUGUUUGCGGAAUUUUGAGGGUUUGGGGAGACAAUCAAAUGUAUCUAAAUUAGGGUUAGAAUUUAUUUCACAAACCUUGAUGUUCAUAUUUAUGGAUUAUUUGUCUUAAUUUUAAAAUGAUUUGUGAACCUUAUUACCUAAAUAAGUGCUUUACAAUAAAUAUCUGUCUUUUAUUCAAAUGUGACUAAGAAACAAAAUGGCUGCCUAUGCCAUUACAAUUCUUAGAGAUACUUAAAUAUAAUACAUUUAGAGAACAUGUGUUUGUAGUAGAAUUGAACUAUUAUACAAUAUAGGAAAAUAGUAAUGUAGAGUUAUAUAAUAAAGUUGCAAAUUUCUUAAAAGACAAAAAUAUUAAUCACCUCAUUGUACUGGAAACAGCUACCACAAACACCUUAGGUAACAAGUUGAACAAGAAAUGUACUCACUGCCUUAUAUAUGAAACUGUAACCCCUCUGCGCUUUACUUUGACAAUAAAGGGAAAUUUUUUUUAAAAGAAUCUCUUGGAAACUUUGAACAUCAGAAUUGUGAACACUUAUUUCCCUAUUGACAGUAUAUCUGUAGAGCCUGAGUGUGAGGAAAUACAAUUGAUAAUGGACCAAGAGAAGUUAGUCUUAUUAUAAAAACUCCAACAAACCAAAAGUAAAAAGCACAUCAUUGCUCAAAGCUCCCAUGAGCAGUUAGUUUGACUGGGUGCCCUUCUAGGCCUUGUCCUAGGUACUGCAAAAUGGGUUUAUGUGCAUAUCUGUCAUGGUUCCUGCUUCUAUUCUCAGUACAUCUUUCUGUGGCUAGAUAGGUGAGAAAGGACAUUCCAUGCACAUAAAGACAGAAAAAAACAAAGCUUAAAGUAAGAACAGCAGCAGAAGAGAAUGUGGGAACUGCUCUUGCUUGAAUUAUAUGUGUAAUGGUGAUAGGAUUCCUCAGGAGAUCUGUGAGAUGCAGCUUUAGGAAUUCUAUUGGGAAACUGUAGGAACUGGAAUCAUGGUGUUACUUCUGUGGAGAAAUGUGGGAGUUGUAAGCCAAGUUGAUUGCAUCAAUGAUUUACUAAGAUUUGGAGGUUGUAGGAGUGAGACAGAGUGACAUGUCUGUGACAGGAGUGAGGAAUCAAGGAAGAC